AAAACAAUGUUUUAGGAACAGAUACUUUUAGAAAACAACCUAUAGAUAAUCAGUGGUAAUAUAUGAAAGAUCAUCGGUCCCUUAAUAUUGAUGUACCUCGCAGACCGCCGUAGUGUGACGUGGAGAAAACAUGGCAGGUGAUAUAAUUCUAGAAGACGAAGAGGAGAAUAUUUUAUACGAUUUACUUAUUAACACAGAAUGGCCAUCCGAGACAGAUACGCAGCUGCGUGGACUGAAGGAACACAACUCCUCAAUCGUUGCAAAGGCAGUAACAGGGCCCUUCAGGUUUAUUCUGCACUACCUUUGGUACAGCCCCUCCAGUUCAACUCUGCCACCUGGACUGGUUCGCCUUGCAACCAAACAGUUGAACUGGCAAUUGGUGCUGGCAAGCCCUAAUGGGAAUGCUUUCCUCGUCUCUACAUUACCCAAGGAUCCAAACCCUCACUGGCGCAGGGUCACGUGGAGUCAUGACUGUGCUCUUCUGGCGUACGCUGACAGCACCGGUACGGUCCGAGUCUUUGACCUGAUGGGCAGCGAGCUCUUCAUUAUACCACCGUAUAAGCUUGUUUGCGUUGCCCUCUGGCUUUUUGCGCUGCUUGGCUCUUCUGAAGCACUGUUUGCCAUUGGUGAGGGAGAAGACCAGGGCAGAUUCAUUUUGUCAGGCGAUUUGGACCUGGACAAUGCUCCAUAUGAAGACUCCGUUUCCACAGAGGAAGAGAUGGAGCAAAGAAAGGAGAGGGAAGCCAAGAAGAGACAGGAGCUCCUCAAGAAAGUGGACUUUAGCAGACUGACUCUAGAGCAGAAGGAGCUCUGCAGAAGUAGACUGAAGCUUCUCUGCUAUCUGGACCGCUUGGCCACUUAUGAGGAGAUUCUGGGUGGACCUCAUGCGGCAGAGCAGCAAUUUGAUGCUGAGUUUUUCAAGAAGUUCCGCAAUCAGAAUAUUGUUCUGUCAGCAAGAACGUAUGCAAGGGAGAGUAACGUGCAGGCGUUGGACAUUCUCCUCACUUACCACGGCUCUGAGCUGCUCCAGCAUCGGCUUGCCAUUCUCUGCAAUUUCCCAGAAACCACCUCUCCUCACGAGUACUCUGACCUUCUGCCUAAGGCAGGGGUGGAUAAGAAGGGUCAUUUGGCUUUCAUUCCUUGGGAGGAGAGCCGACACAGAGAUCUGGACUGGUGUGAAGUUCCUGAGUGCAGAGGAGUGGUGGAGCCCAACCCAGUGGAUGACUGUCACUUCUUAUUUGAGGAGCAACCAGAACUAGAGAGAUUUCGUAGCGCUAAACCCUCCAUCACACUGCUGACUGAAUGGUACCUGACCAGGGCACAGGACAUAGAGAGUAAUUCCCGCCAGGUUGAUUGUGCCCUGUCUCUGGUGCGUUUGGGAAAAGAGCAGAACAUUCCUGGGCUGGAGGUGCUGUGCGACGACCUGGUUACCAUGGAGACACUGGUGUACGAGACGUCAUGUGACCUGAGUCUCACACUAAAGGAGCUGCAGCAGCUCAGGGACAUUGACAAGCUCCGCCUUCUCAUGAAAAAUUCCAGUGAGGAUCGAUAUGUGAGGAAUUCAUUCCAGUGGAUGGUCCCGUUUCUGCACCGCUGUGAGGGACAGCGGGUGGGCUCUGCCUCUGCUCUGCUCAGAGAAUAUCUGGUCACCCUCGCCAAAGAUGAUCUUACACUCCCACUCAAAAUGUUCCAGCACUCAAAGCCAGAUUGUCAUCCAAAAGUCAUUGGAGAUUCGGAUCAGCUUAUGUCCGUGGCAUUAGAGUGUAUCUACAGCUGUGAGAGAGAUGACCAGCUUGCACUCUGCUACGAUAUACUUGAAUGUCUACCACAGAGAGGAUAUGGACCAGAGACAGACACUACAAAAGCCUUGCAUGACCAGGUGGACACUCUUGAGAAACACUUGAGUGUUGCUGAGGUGUUGGAGAAACACAGUCUCCAGAAGCCCAUCUCGUUCGUGAGGAACAGUCAGAACAGCAAAGAGGAAGCUCAACAGCUGAUGGUCCGACUCACCCGUCACACAGGACGCAAAAACCCUCCUGUGAGUGAGACAGUGUGGAGAAGUUUACUUCAAGAUCUCCUGGACAUGCAGCAGAAUGUUUAUACCUGUCUAGAGACAGAAACUUGCCAUCAGGUGUUUGUGGAGAGUUUGCUAUGCUCGGGACGAGAGGAAAACGUCCGUCUGGCGGGUCAGCUGAUGCACUGCAGCGCCGUGUCAGAGGACACUCCAGUCAGCGUUUCGUUCCGUGGUAAAGCUCACAGCCGUGUGUCAUAUAGCCACAGCGUGGAGCUGGUUCUGGCUGCUGCCCGUGAAUACUUCAACUCUUCAGCCACGCUCAGUGACCCCUGCAUGAACCUGGCACGAUGCGCGGCUGUUUUUGGAAGCAGGUUAAUGACUUUGGCAGGUGCUGCUGAUGGCUGGUCUGUGUGCGGUUCAGGUGCUGCCCCCACGGUGUCUCCUCAGAAGAUGGAGCUGUCUGCCCCCCCGCAGGCCUUGCGUCUGCGGACGGAUCGUCUAUCAUUGAUAAAGCAGUGCAUCUCUCAGUGCCCUACUGCGUACAGACAGUCCACUCUCCUCCUCAGCCUGGCCAGACUGCUGCGCGUUGCAGGUGAUGAUGAGGCCAAGAGGAAGGGUCAGGUGCUCACGCUGCUUGCAGAACAGGCUCUCCGCUGUCAGGACUUUAAGGCCUCCUACAUCCACUGCCAGGAUCUGAUGGCUGCAGGCUAUAGUGAUGGUUGGGAUGUGUGCGCUCAGCUGGGUCAGUGUGAGGCGUACUCCCAGCUUUCUGCCCGUCAGAAGCUGAUGGCGUUCGCGCUCACACACUGUCCUCCCAGCAGCAUCCAGAAUCUGUUAGCGGCUUCCAGUUCCCUUCAAACGCAGGUUCUGUACCAGGCUGUAAAUUACAAGAUUGAUCCCUCUCAAGCCCAGAGAACAGGCAGCGAGCUGUCCGAGCAGACCGGAGCUGCUGUUCCUGGAUCAAUUAACCCCACAGACCUGCUGCACAGAACCACAGCCCGCACUAUAGAGGUCCUGACCAACACCACCACGACCACCAGAGCCGUGCUGACCGCCGUCAGCGACUCCCAUUGGUGGAGGGAGUCCCUCAGCUUACUUCGCCCACUGCACUCCGAGGAUGUGUAUUCCUCGUACAACUACACCCCUCAAGAAGACUUUGCUGAAGUUUUAUUGCGGACAGGCAAACUGGCUGAAACCAACAGCGAGGGACAGAAUCUCUUUCCUGCAACUGAAGUGCUCCUUCAGCUGGCCAGUGAUGCUUUUCCCAAAGAUAUGACACUCGCCCUGGCCUAUUUACUGGCUCUACCUCAGGUGUUGGAUGCUAACACGUGUUUUGAGAAGCAGCCUCCAUCAGCACUGUCUCUGCAGUUAGCUGCGUAUUACUACUCUCUUCAGAUCUACUCCCGCCUCGCACCCUGCUUUAAAGACAAGUGCAGCCCACUUUACCGAGCUGAUCCUAGAGAGCUUAUUCGUCUUGUGACCAAGCAUGUGACAGACCACGCUGGAUGUGAUUGGGGGGAUGAGGAACUGCAGGUCCUGAUUGGUCAGUUAAGACUAUACAGUGAGAGACUGACAGACUUUACUCAAGCUCAGGUGCUACAGGGACUCGGCCGUGGAGUUGAUGUCCAGAGAUUUAGCAGCGACAACCAGUACAAGAAAGAAACUAUUCUGGGUCUGGCUGAGACAUUGAAUGAGAGUGUGUAUGGGAUCUCUCGUUCUCUGGCUCAGCGGUACAGCAUCCCUCUCUGGGAAGUGCACAUGACGCACCUUGAGUUUCUGUUUACUGAUAGCGGGCUUUCCACCAAAGACAUCGAGGACAGAACGGAGGCUCUGGGUCUGUUUGAGACUCUAAAGACCAACCCGGAGUCAUUCUACACACACAUGACUAAAUAUGUGUACCCCAGUAUAGCCGGAACUGACCAGCUCCGACUCCUCUUCUACUUCACUCUUCUGGAGAACUGCGGCUGUGCAAGCUACUUCCCUCAAUCUGCUAUGAAGCAUGACACGCACCUCAAACUGCUAAAGAAGCUCAAAGCCGUCGCCAUCGGUUUGGACUAUAAGAAGUUGACAGAUGAGGAUUCCGAUCCUUUGAAGGCUCUGGAACCGGUACUGACCAGCCAGAACGUCCUGUCAAUCUCCAAAUUGGCCCCUCGAAUCCCCCAGAAGGGAGGUGAAGCGCUUACCUCUAGCGCUGUACAUGCCACCUGGCUUCAUAAACUGUUCUGGGAAGGGGAUCAACAUGUGCUGAAAAAAGUCCCCCAGAGUGAUCACGAGUUCCUGCAUGCCUAUGACACCUGUGCCAAAUACUUUGACCGACUUCUUCCUGUAGAUUCUGUUAACUUCUUGGAUGCCAUUACCUUUUCCCCUGAAGCUGGCAGUAAGCUCUCAGUAGAGUCCCGGCUGGAGAUCACUAAGCGCGCACAGAAGGCUCUAAAAGGAAUUAGUGACAAGAGUAAGAAAAAGGCUAAUGAUGACAGAAGUGAAAACUCCGCUUCCAGCUUUGACUCCGCCCUCACUCACAUACAGCAGUCUCUUGCCCAUCUAGAGACUCUGAGCCACUCUUUUCCUCUGUCACUCAAGACAAGCCAAGAGGAGCUCUUGCAGAAGUACAGUCGCAUUUAUGACCUGUCCAGAUCCGAGCAAUCUAAGGUGCGCCAUCUGGCCAUCACAAUGGCCAUGGAUGGACAGCCCCUCGAACGGAUCGAGCAGCUGCUCGCAGUCACUGUGGGAACAAGCGAUCUGUCGGCAGAAAGCAUAGUCCAGGAUGCAGUGGAGCAAAUCAUAACUGCUCUCAGCGGUGACAAGGACACUUUGAAAGAUUAUGCAGACCCCUUGAAGGUGCUGGAAGGAAUUGUUGCAGCAGUGCACACUAAUGUACAGAGCGGUGGGAAUAUGGUAACAUCUGAGGACAUGCUGGCAUGGUUACGACCUUUUUGUGGGGACGAUUCUAAACCUGUACGACCCCGACUUGAGGUCCUGCAGAUCCUAGAACAUUCAUUCAGCCUCAGCGAUCAAGACAUCCACCUACUGGUGUUCUUCAGGAGCCAAGCAGUUCUGAAAGCCUGCUGGCCAAACAGAAAGUGUGAGAUGCAAGAUGUUGAGAAUGAGGAAAAGCGAAACUCCUUGUUCCUGGAACUGUUGGAGUCUAGCAGUAAAUGGGAGGAGUUUCAACACCUUAUGCUCCUCCUACAGGCGUGGCCACCAGUGACUGACAAGAGCAGGUUGGAGACGGAGCAGAACCCUUGGGUGUGUCUUACAUCCGCCCUGCUUGCAUACUCCUCAAGCCUUGCUCAAAUCAACAUCGGGAGUCAGGUUUUAACUAUGUGCCGAUCGCUCUACCCGACCAAACACAAACUUAAUCCCCAGUGCGUUGGGUACAUUUCCUCUCUGCUGUUGAACGCUGGGAUUAGGCUGCCUGCUCUGAAGUUGAUGACAGAGAGCGAGGAUGAGCAUCUGCGCAAACUGACGCAGGAUCAGAUCAAAAACAUCACUGAUGUGACUGAGGAGGUGUGUGACUCUGAGCUCCUAGCUCUGCUGUUGAAUGCUGGGAUGUUGAUCAGUUGUGUGGACACAGCUCUGUAUUCUUCACUGGUCUCUCACAUGCUGGCUCAGGGGGAAUGGGAUGUGGAGAAGGCCGCCCGUGACCUUCACCAGGCCGGCCACAGCGCUCAGGCCGGGUCCUUGCUCCUGUCCUACCGAGGAUCCCACCCAGGGCAGUUCACCUUCAACAGUGCCCUCUCUGUCAUUAGAAAAUGGCUUUGAGGAGUAUGUGUGGGUACAGACUGACAUGGAGAGAUUGUGCCUGUCUGUCUGUGUAAAGAUUUUUUUGGAGGCCAAUCAGUCAAUAAGGAAAGUAGUCAAUCUCAGCUGAAUAAAAUUAAAUAUAAAGUGGACAUUGGCACCAAAUCCAGAUCCCAAAUAUCAGUUAUAAUUAGCCUAUUCGGACAGUGUUUGUUCAGGACUUCUUCCCGCUGGCAAAGGACUCAAAUCACCUUCCCAUUCCUCUCUCUCUCUCUCUCUCUCUCUCUCUCACUGUCGGUUUCUCUCUCCUGACUGAAGCUCAGUGACACGGGUGUAAUUACAUUACUUCGGCUGUUUGGUCACGCUAGCCUGCGCUAAUAAUCAUUACAGGCCGGAGUCAGAAUUGAAAACGCCGCAUGUGUGCUGACAGAGUGUUUUGCGCGUGUAUGUAUGUGCGACUUCAUGGCUGAUCAUUUCCACACAACGUUUUGCUCUUUUCCUUUGUAGGGUUAUUAAUUAUUUUUGAAGAAAACAGAUUAUGCCUUCAGGCUGACUCUCGCCGUGUGAUUGUUUUAAUGUGCACACGGACGCACUAAUCUAUGUUGGGUAGCUGAGCAGUAAUGUGACUAUCUAUGUACUUUAGGCAAAUGUAUCUGCAGUGCUCAAUAAAAACAUUAAAACUU